CUCUAGUGGUUCACACAGCAGCGGGACUUUUAUUUUGAAAUGUAACUCGCACUGGCGGGAAACUUGUGUGUCUGUCAGCAGAAGAUCAUGUGCAACAACGGAUCUGAGAAAUGAGAAGGUCCACAGAGCAGGAAGAAUUGUGUGAUUUGUGAAUCCUGACACAGAGGCAAUCGAUAAAAGAAUGGUUCAAAUAGUCAUCUCGAGUAAAGCUGGUGAAGGUCCAGCUGAAUGGCUGCUGGUGGAGCUGCAGGGAGAAAUGGUGUCCAGACAGAAUACUGGACUUGCAGGAAAUCUGAUGGGAGACCUGCACUAUACAAAAGAGGGUGUACCGGUGCUAAUAGUCGGACAUCACAUCCUUUAUGGCAAACAGGUCAAACUGGAGAAGCCCUUUGCUGUUCUGAUGAAGCACUCUGGACUCCCUCGGGAUGAAGAGGAAAUGAUGGAAACCAACCAAGAGAACCCAGUUUACACUGUUUCCGCCCUCAUCAAAAAGAAGCUUAUCUUUAAAACACGACCCAAACCCAUCAUCACAAAUGUGCCAAAGAAGGUAUAACUUAUGUUCACAUAUUAGAGGCUGACUGAUUCUAGAUUUAUAACCAUAUGUGAAUAUAAAUGUUUUUUUGAAUGGUGGAUUAGUAUCUCUGUACAUUGUUGUCAGGAAUGAGUAAUUGACAAUAACAUUCAACAAAUAUAAAUAUUCUAAGUAA